AUGGCCGAUCAAACAUUCGACACUAUCAUUGUCGGCGCAGGCAUCGUCGGCUCAGCACUCGCGGCUUUCCUCUCCAAGGACAAUGAGCACGAGUCGAUACUUCUCAUCGAUCGUUCGUUCCAUGCUCUCAGUGGCUCGACAGGCUCUGCACCUGGACUCGUUGGCCAGUUGAAUGUCUCCCAAACGUUGACGACGCUAGCUCAGGAAAGUGUGCAGGAGUAUGCUUCCAUGGCUGGCGCUUUCAAGAAGGUCGGAUGUCUGGAACUGGCGAGCAGUGAUGCGGGCUUGUCUGAGCAGCAAGAACGUCUUGCAAUGGCGACAGAUCGUGGGAUGAAAGCAAGCAUUGUGGAUCAUGACGAAUCAGCCAAGUUGCUGCCGCCGAUUGUGAAGAAGGACUCGUUUCGACAAGCACUGUACUUCCCUGACGAUGGCUUGGCUGACCCUGGCGUGAUCACGCAUGCGUAUCGAUCACAGGCCAAGUCGCGGGGAGUACAAUUCGAAGAGGCCGAUGUCGUAGAGAUCAAACAGUCUGGAGAUGCAGUCACUGGCGUUGUCACAGCAGAUGGACGCUCUUUCCAAGCUAGGCAAAUCGUGGUCGCCAGCGGCAUCUGGACCACUUCACUGCUGUUGGAGACCAUCCAGAAACAGAUCCCUUUGGUUCCUGUUGCGCAUCCAUACGUCUACUCGAGCGCACGAGACAGCAGACAUAUCGACUACCCGUUCGUCAGAUGGCCGGAAAGACUCGUCUAUGCGCGAGAUCAUGGCGAACGGGAUGGCUUUGGAACAUAUGAUCAUCCUCCAUUGGCGGUGGACAAUCCUGGUGCGUCUGCUGUGUCUGACUGGCAAGGAUCUGGCUUCGACACAGCAGUCUCGAAGGCUCUGAAGGAAUGCUUCUCAUCUGGCUUCGGCUCUGCAGAGACAGACCUAUCUAGUGACUCCUUGGAACUCAAGCUGCAAGAGAAGAUCAGCGGCAUCUUCACCUUGACACCUGACAAUCUGCCGGUCGUGGGCGCCAUUGGACCAGAAGGCUUGUGGAUCGCUGCUGCGAUAUGGGUUACUACUGCAGCUGGGUGUGCCAAGUUCCUGACGAAGCUGCUGAAGGGCGAGGAUGUCGAUGACCAUAUGAAGAGUGCGUUGGAUCCUGGCCGCUUUGGGUCGUCUGUGCCUGUGGAGGAGCUGAAGAAGCAGGCUCUCAAGACUUACAAUCAUAUCUAUGGCGCCGAUGAGAGUGGCGGCGGUUCCUAA